UCACCUGUAUAAGAGUUCAAGGGGUCCUCCAUUUCUAGAAUUUAUUCCCAUUCGAAUCUCAGUUACAAAUACACAGCUCCAAUUAACGAAGCAAAGUUAUCCCGGAUCUUAAUCUUGAGAAUUUCUAUUGAACUAGCUCUCGCACACAUUUCACACGCCAAUCUGAACAAUUAUUAGCUCUCGCAAACCAACAGCAAAGAACAAGAUGGCUCAAGAAUUAGAUCCCGAUACGUUCACUUCGCCUUGGAACAUUACAGAAACUCUUCAUCGAGAUCCUUAUUGGGCUAUCGAUCCUAAGAACCCAGCGAAUGUUCAAAAUGGCAAGAUCAUUAUCAUCACAGGAGCUAGUUCUGGUAUUGGAGCUGUAAGUACUUCCUUUCCUGUAUACUCCAACAUACGAUCCGCGUUUCCAAAUCCAAUCAUCUAACACCAAAUAAGGCAGCAGCAAAGGUCUGGGCCGAAGCCCACGCAUCUGGGAUCGUACUCGCAGCUCGUGGAGUCCCAGCAAUGGAAUCCCUUAUCAGGGAACUUCAGCCUCUUAGCCCCGAAACCAAAUUUCUGGCUGUGAAAGUCGAUAUUGCAAAUGAAGACGAUGUGAAAAAUCUUUACACGGCUGUGCAAAAGGAAUUUGGAAGACAUGCAGAUGUCUUGAUGAACAAUGCCGGAAUUAUGGAAAUUGAACAUUUCAUUGGAGAGACGGAGCCAAGUAGAUGGUGGAAAAUACUCGUGAGUUCUUACACGCCGGCGGGUUUGAUUCCAAUGAGAUGAUUAAAAGAAGAGAAACUAAAUGUGGCGUCACCCAGGAUACCAAUUUAAAAGGUCUCUAUCAGAUGACGCACCACUACAUGGCGUCGCAACCUACGCCCAAAACUCCCACGGGCACAAUCAUCAACGUUAGCUCUCUAACAGCUGGUCUCACCCUGGACAGGGGCACCUCCUCAUACAGUAUCUCCAAACUCUGCGACCAGCGCUUUUCCGAGUUUCUCGUCAUCGAAUAUCCCUCUCUCCGCGUCUUUACCACCAUGCCUGGAGUCGCGGCUACCAAGAUGGUGCCUGAUUAUUUAAAGCCUUGUGCGCUGGAUCAUGUGGAUUUGACGGGGAUGUUGGCGCUUUAUUUGGUGCAAGAGAGGGCGGAUUUUUUGAGGGGUUCGAUGGUGAGUGUUAAUUGGGAUGUGGAGGAGCUGGAGGAGUACAAGAAGGAGAUUGUGGAGAAGAAGUUGUUGCAGACUACUUGGAUGCCGGUUUUUCCCGUUGGUGGUGUGAAGAAGUUGGCUGAGUUUAGGGAUUAGUUUACUAGGGGUUUGUGGAUGGAAGCGGGGAGGGACUUGGGUUUUGUUAUUGUUGUUACUUUUUACAUACUCCUCUCAGCCUUUAAAUCAAGAAUAAGUAAGAUCUUA